GAGGAGGAGGCAGCGAUAGCAGCAGCACUUAGGGCCGCCGCCGCCGCCUGCUACAGCAGCAGCCUCGGAAACAAGUACCAGUUACACAAGGGCGCCUCUGGCCAAGCGGCCACAGUUCCCUGGUCACGAUGGCGCUACAAAGCCAGGCGAGCGUGGAAACCGAGGGGCCCUGGCAGGAGGUAGACCAGGAACGGCAUGAGCUGGUGGGGAGCCCCGAGCCUGAGCCGGAGCCGGAGCCCGAGCCCGAGCCCGAGCCGGUGCCCGUGCCUCAGCCCGAGCCCCAGCCUGAGCCUCAGCCCCUUCCAGACCCUGCAACCCUGCCAGAGCUGGAGUUUGGGCCUGAGUCGGUGCACGAGCCCCAACCCACGCCCACGGUGGAGACCCGCGGCACUGCUCGAGGCUUCCAGCCCCCAGAAGGUGGCUUUGGCUGGAUGGUGGUUUUUGCUGCCACCUGGUGCAACGGCUCAAUCUUUGGCAUCCAGAACUCCUUUGGGAUCCUCUACUCCAUGCUGCUGCAGGAAGAAAGAGAGAAAAAUCGCCAAGUGGAGUUCCAAGCAGCUUGGGUAGGAGCCCUCUCAAUGGGCAUGAUCUUCUUCUGUUCUCCAAUUGUGAGUAUAUUCACUGAUCGUUUGGGAUGCCGAAUUACAGCAACUGCAGGAGCUGCUGUUGCUUUCAUUGGACUACAUUCCAGCUCCUUCACCAGCUCCCUAAGUCUGCGUUACUUCACUUACGGGAUUCUCUUUGGCUGCGGCUGUUCCUUUGCCUUUCAGCCAUCACUUGUCAUCCUGGGCCACUACUUCCAACGCCGCCUGGGUCUGGCCAAUGGUGUGGUAUCUGCUGGGAGUAGCAUCUUCUCCAUAUCCUUCCCCCUCCUCAUCAAAACACUGGGGGCUAAAAUCAAGCUCGCCCAAACUUUCCAAGUGUUGAGCACCUUCAUGUUUAUUCUUAUGCUGCUUUCACUCACCUACCGACCUCUCCUGCCCAGCUCCCAGGACACCCCAAGCAAGAGAGGUGUACACACUCUAUGCCAACACUUUCUGAUUCAGCUCAGGAAAUACUUCAACAUGCGAGUGUUUCGCCAGCGUACCUACCGCAUCUGGGCCUUCGGGAUUGCUGCUGCUGCCCUUGGCUACUUCGUUCCUUAUGUACACCUGAUGAAGUAUGUGGAAGAGGAGUUCUUGGAAAUCAAGCAGACCUGGGUGCUUUUGGUGUGUAUUGGUGCUACUUCAGGCCUUGGACGCCUUGUGUCAGGCCGUGUCAGUGACUCUAUUCCUGGACUAAAGAAGAUCUACUUGCAGGUCAUCUCCUUCCUGCUUCUUGGUCUGAUGUCUAUGAUGAUUCCCCUGUGCCAGGGCUUUGGAGGCCUCAUCGUUGUUUGCCUAUUCCUGGGCCUUUGUGAUGGCUUCUUCAUCACCAUCAUGGCUCCCAUUGCAUUUGAGCUGGUGGGUCCAAUGCAGGCUUCACAAGCCAUUGGUUACCUCCUGGGCAUGAUGGCUCUACCUAUGAUUGCUGGACCCCCCAUUGCAGGUCUCCUUCGCAACUGUUUUGGAGACUACCAUAUCGCCUUCUACUUUGCCGGUGUGCCCCCUAUCAUAGGAGCUGUAAUUCUCUCUUUUGUCCCUCUGAUGCAUCAACGGAUGUUUAAGAAAGAUCAAAGAGAUUCCAGCAAAGAUAAGAUGUUGGCUUCAGAACCAGACCCCAACAGGGAGCUGUUACCAGGGUCCCCAACCCCUGAGGAACCAAUCUAAUCUGCCUCCUUUUUGUUUUUCUAUUUUUUGCUGUUGUUUGCUCCUCCCCAGACCUUUUCCUUUACCCUGACAUGCUCAGCAUUUACAUAUUUGCCACCACCACACUUGUACCUAAACCUAUGCACAUAGUGUUUUAGUCAACUGACUUCUUUUUGAGUCAAAGUUCCAAGUGUUCUAAAUGCAUUAUAUAAAUUCUCUUCCUGAAUGUCUGAAACAUGCCAAGGCCAUUCUUCCCCUAGGAUCUAGAAAAACUUGUAAUUAACCCCCCUCACCUUCUAACCUCCGGGGAGAAAAGGGAGGGACAUCCUGGCUCCAGCUUGUUAGCCAUCCCUCAAAACAAUUGCUAAUGGUGCUACUAUGUCCCUAGAAGCAGGGUGAGGAGACCUAAUCCUCUGCAUGCUGGGGAGUUCCUUAAGAUCAGUCCUUGGGAGUUAGAUGUUAAGGUCAAAACAGAGAUGUCAGAAAAGUAAAAUAAGAUAAUGAGCCUUGUUUAACCUUAGAGUCCCAGAGGGACUUGAUUUCCUAAGGGCUAUAGGUGCCAUCAAUUUACAAGUGUACAGGUUGGCUUCCCACCAAAUGGUUGGUUAACAGUCUGCUUCCUUUUCUUCUCCUUUUCCCUCUUUUGCAUCCUUUCAGUCUCUUCCUCCUGUUGCUAUUAAUUGACUGUCUUAUACACACGGGUGCUUGAAGAUAUGAGGGACAUAGAGAUUAAGCCAAUUAGCCUUAUCUUGGUCUGAUCCAUGCCUAAUACUAGUAUCAGUUCCACUCAUCUUGGGCAGAGCCACAAGUCACUUUUUGGCUCAAGUUUCUCUAAUCAUCAUGUAAAUAAGUAUAUCACCCUCAGUGUUUUUUUAAAAGUUCUAUUUGCUGGUUUUUAAAAAUUUCCUUGGACAGU